AUGUCGAACGGACUCAGCUACCCAAAGACAUCGGCCAACAAAGUCAAUAGGUACAGCAGCAGAGGUAUCCCCUUCGCCCACCCUCAAUUGAGAUCCAACAACAGCUGACCCUCCCUCCCUCCCUCCCCCUCAAACUCCAAGCCCACUACGACACAACCACAAUCCACAACAUAGUAAACACAACCCCGAUCCUACACGUCUCCUUCCUAGCCCCCAGCGAUCCAAAGGACCCGACCUCACCCCCCCAUCCAACGAUCCUCCCAAUGCUCGGCCAAAUGGGCUCCUUCAGCAACCCAAGCUCCGACGAAUCGGAAGCGCUAGACUGCUACCUUCACGGCUACACCUCUGGCAGACUGACAAGCCUAACCCGCACCGCCAAUGGCGGCAUCCCAAUCUGCAUCGCGGCCACAAAACUCGACGGCCUGGUCCUCUCGUUAACGCCCAACUCGCACUCGUGCAAUUACCGCUCUGCCGUGCUCCACGGUACCGCGACGGUGGUGGAGGAUGUGGAGGAGAAGCUGUACGCCAUGCGCCUCAUCACCGAGGGCAUGCUCCCGGGACGCUGGCAGGGCACGCGCGUGCCCCCCGACGAGACGGAGCUGAGGAGCACUGGCGUGAUGAGGGUCGUGGUUAGCAGUGCUAGUGCCAAGGUUAGGAGUGGCGGUCCGAGCGACGAGCGUAAGGAUGUGGAGAGGGGGGAGGUCACGGGGAGGGUGUGGACCGGUGUGGUUCCGGUUUGGGAGAUGAUGGGGUGUCCGCUUCCCGCCGGGGAGGGGGUUGGUGGGGAGGCGCCGGGGUAUGUUACCGAGUAUGUUGAGGGGAGGAAUAGGAGGGAGAGGGGGUAUGCGGAGGGGGGUUCUGGGAAGGUGUAUGGGAGUUAG